AUGUUACUCAAUCUAUUUACAACUUUCUGCCUUUCAUUAUUACCACAAAGAAGUGAUACGUUUCCUAAAUAUGACCCGGAAUUUGCGAGAUUUGCAUUUGAGCAUGCGGCUGCAGCGUAUUCUUAUAAUCCGUUAAAAUGUGUGCGAAAAUAUGAUGGUACUUAUAUUUUACGACAAGCUAAUAUAUCAUGCGAUUACUUCCACGAUAAGUGUCUUUACUACAUAUCAGUGUCUCCGACCUUCGUGGUAGUAGCAUUUCGAGGGACAAAUUCCAAAUUCCAACUAACUGCAGAAAUUUUAGCUAGCUUGACGACACCUAAGACAAAAUUCAUAGGAGGUGGCUCAGUGCAGCGUUAUUUUAAUUCAGCUUUCAAAUCAGCUUGGAAAGAUAUGAAGCUCUCUUUGAAGAAACUAUUAAAAACAAACAAAACUCGCCCAGUCUUAUUUACCGGUCAUUCACUUGGUGGUGCACUGGCAGCCCUGGCUAGCACAGAAUUUGCAUACUUAUAUUUCAUGAAGAAACAACGACCAGUGGAUAUUCGUUUAGUGACAUUUGGUGAGCCGAGAGUUGGAGAUCGUAAUUUUGCUUUUGUUCAUGACACUUUGGUACCUCAAAGCUUUCGAUUAGUUCACGGAGGAGAUCUGAUUUCACAUCUUCCAAAUUGUUUAGUCAAUCUUCGAACAUUUAAAUGUAUCUCACGAUACAGUAUUGGACCAUACCAUCAUGGAUUUGAGAUUUGGUAUCCUGAAAACAUGACUGCAAAUUCAACAUACCAAUUAUGCAAUGGUAAACCUCAAGAUGAAGAUCAACUCUGCAGUGAUGGCAAUUAUCUGCAUUACAACAUUCACGAUCAUUUAUUCUAUUUUGAUGUGCAUGUCAGUAAAUACGGUAUAGAAGGAUGUAAUGCAAAUUGA